GACUCCACCAACUUGGACGGAGUCCUCUUGGCCACCGCUAUAUAAGCUUCCGAUGCCGCACAUAGAGUCGUACCACGACCUGGCAUAAGAUUGCAGUCAUGAAGAAGAUCGUGUUGAAGGUCAGCGUCAUGUGCACCAAGUGCAAGAUCUGCAUCAUGACCAUCAUCUCCAAGUUCGACGGGAUUGUUUCGAUCGCGAUGGACGUGGAGAAGAGCACGGUGACGAUAGUGGGGGAGGUGGACGCGGUGGGCGUGGUGAAGGCGCUGAGGAAGGCGAAGAAGCCGGCGGAGAUCGUCAGCGUGGGCGAUCCGGACAAGAAGGAGGAGGAUAAGAAGAAGCCUGAGGACUGCAAGUUGCCGCCGUGCUGCAACACCUGCCGGACCGCCGUCGUGUGGCUGGAUGAACCAAGCGCCUGCACCAUAUCCUGAAUCCAUGCACACUGCUUUUGCUCCUCUCUUUGAUUUGGCUUAAUCAUCUCCUCAUGUACGCAGAUGCUUCCAAUAUCUACUUAAUUUCUCGUUUGUACUGUAAGCAAACAGCAGAUUGUGUAGAAUGAAUAUAUAUUUGCUCUUGAUUAAUCCUUUCAA